UUGAGAUCCCCCUUCUCGUCAGCUUCACCUCGCCAACUCACCUCCUCUGCCGACGUUGGUUCUGCCAGCUCCUCUGCAAGCUCUGGAUCCUCACCCAGUCCUCACCUGAACCACUCUCCAAGAAAUCUUCCUCCAGCUGUGAGUUGAGCGUUUUCCCCUUCACUACACUCGUGGAAGCAAAUUAAGACUGUGGACAAUUCGCUGCUCACGAGUCCAAAACUCUUGCCUGACCUGUGGUCCACUGCUAAUCUGCUCGCCUAUCACCCGGAAGACCCGAGUUCGAAUCCUGCCAUACCCACCUGCUAUACUCUGCUGCUUCAUUGGAUUUGGUGUUCAAUAAAGACUGUUGUUAAAGUGAACCUGCUUGUUUGUGCUGCAAUUGGGUCCAGUCAAUACCCGUUACAGUACAAUCUGGCCAAAACUAUGGACCCAGCACACAAUCCCUCACCACUGAAUCGCCUUGAGAGAAUUGAGGGCGUUCUGCAGCAACAUGAGGCCAUGAUGACUGCAGCUGCCGCUGAAGCCAGACGAGCUGCUGAGACUCAGGGACAAUCACUUGCAGCGUUAGCCGCACAGAUGCAACAGCUAGCAGCUCAACUGACCCAGCUCCCCUCAUCUGCUGGAUCUGCCUUUUCUUCAGAAGCUUCACCUUCUGCUCCUGCACCUGUACCCGCCUCUUCUCUACCCAGCGAUGCUCCUGAGCCACGGGUGGGAACCCCAGAGCGUUAUGAUGGAGAUCGAGAGACUUGCGGCCCCUUCCUCACCAACUGUUCUCUCCUGUUUGCCCUACAGCCCCGCACCUUCGCCACAGAACCGGCGAAGGUAGCGUUUGUCAUCAACCACCUGACAGGCAGAGCUAGACUAUGGGGAACAGCUGAGUGGGAGAGGCGGUCUCCAGCCUGUGUUUCCUUUGACCUGUUUGCUGCCGAGCUUCGGAAGGUUUUUGGGUUUGAGAAUUCUGGUUCUGAUUCGGCAAGGGGACUGAUGGGACUGAAGCAAGGCGAACGAACAGUGGCUGACUAUUCCAUUGAUUUCCGCACCAGAGCCAGCCAAAGUGCAUGGAACAGUGCAGCUCUCUGUGAUGCCUUUCUCCAUGGGUUGGCAGAUUACAUUAAAGAUGAACUGGUUUCACAUGACACCUCCCUCACCUUGGACGGGGUGAUUGACUUGGCCGUCCGCAUCGACCUUCGUGUUCAGACUCGUCGACGAGAGAAGCGUCAAGGAGGAACCCAACAUUCUCGUCUACCUCGCUCCCGUGGGGGUGCUGCUGCACCCAACUCCACCCCAUUGGGUCAGCAGUUUGAGGAUCCAGAGCCCAUGCAGUUGGGCCGCACCUCUCUCUCCCUGGAAGAGAGAGAGCGUCGACGCAAGUCUAAUCUCUGCCUCUAUUGUGGGGCAGCGGGACACUACAUCUCCGGCUGUCCAGCAAAAGCCAGAGCUCAUCAGUAGUUGGGGAGACCCUGGUGAGCUCAACUACCCUGUCACCUCCCCAAAGCCAGCGACCCCUGCUCCAAGGCCGCCUCCUUCUUCCAGAUGGCCCCCACACCUUGGCUAUCUUCAUUGACUCCGGGGCUGAUGCCAGCAUCAUUGACGAGGAGGUGGUCCUUCAGCUGGGGCUUGAGCGGGUUCCUUUGCCUCACCCGGUUCCUGCUCGAGCCUUAGAUGGACAUGUCCUGGGCACCGUCACGCAUCAGACCUCUCCUGUUCACCUGCUACUGUCUGGUAACCAUCACGAAACCGUCCAGUUUCACAUCCUGAGCUCUUCCUGCCUGCCACUUAUCCUGGGAUAUCCAUGGCUCCGUCUUCACAAUCCUCACAUCGACUGGGCAACUGGGACCAUCCGGGAGUGGAGUUCCUCCUGUCAUCAGAGGUGCCUGCAGCAAGCCUCAGUUCCGCUUCAUCCCUCUGGGUGUAGCUCCAGUUCGUCACCUGACCUCAGUGGGGUGCCACCCGAGUACCAUGACUUCCGCCAGGUCUUCAGCAAAGCCAGAGCCACCUCUCUGCCUCCACACCGACCCUAUGAUUGCAUCAUUGAUCUCCUGCCUGGUUCAUCACCUCCCAAGGGUCGCCUGUACUCCCUGUCUGAACCCGAAAGAAGGGCCAUGGAGACGUACAUAAAUGACUCCUUGGCCGCAGGCAUCAUUCGUCCCUCUUCAUCCCCUGCUGGAGCAGGGUUUUUCUUUGUUGAGAAGAAGGACAAGACAUUGAGACCUUGCAUUGAUUAUAGAGGACUGAAUGAGAUCACGGUAAAGAACCGUUACCCACUGCCACUCAUGUCCACUGCCUUUGAACUGCUCCAGGGGGCCACCAUUUUCUCCAAACUCGACCUACGCAACGCCUACCACCUCGUCCGCAUCAGAGAAGGAGAUGAAUGGAAGACAGCAUUCAACACCCCUACCGGACACUACGAGUACCUCGUAAUGCCGUUUGGCCUCACCAAUGCCCCUGCCGUCUUCCAGGCUCUGAUUAAUGAUGUUCUCAGAGACAUGAUAAACCAGUAUGUCUUUGUUUACCUAGAUGAUAUACUCAUCUUCUCCCGGUCCAAGGAGCAACACAUUCAUCAUGUCCAGUCCGUCCUUCAGCGCCUCUUGGAGAACUCCCUUUAUGUUAAAGCAGAAAAGUGCGAGUUCCAUGUUCCUUCAGCAUCUUUUCUGGGGUACAUUGUGGCACAAGGCAGCAUCCAGAUGGACCCAGCCAAGGUCUCAGCUGUUACCUCCUGGCCUGUUCCGGAGAACCGCAAGCAGCUUCAGCGCUUCCUUGGGUUCGCAAAUUUCUACCGUCGCUUCAUCCGCAACUACAGCUCAGUUGCAGCCCCUCUCACCAUUCUGACCUCCCCCAAGGUGCCCUUCCAGUGGUCUUCUGCAGCUGCAGCGGCCUUCCAGUUCCUCAAGGAUCGGUUCACCUCAUCGCCCAUCCUCCUGAUGCCUGACUCUGAACGCCAGUUUGUGGUCGAGGUAGAUGCCUCUGAUGUUGGGGUGGGGGCCGUCUUGUCUCAACGCUCAUGCACUGACCAGAAGCUCCAUCCCUGUGCCUUCUUCUCCCGCCGUCUAUCCUCUGCAGAAAGAAACUAUGACAUUGGUAACAGGGAACUCUUGGCAGUAAAGAUGGCCUUAGAAGAGUGGCGCCAUUGGUUGGAGGGCACAAAGGAACCUUUUCUUGUAUGGACUGACCACAAGAAUCUGGAGUACAUACGCUCUGCAAAAAGACUGAACUCUCGCCAGGCCCGCUGGUCCCUGUUCUUCGCCCGUUUCAACUUCACCCUCUCUUACCGUCCUGGUUCCCGCAAUGUCAAGCCUGACGCCCUGUCCCGACAGUUCCAGAGGACAGAGGAUUCGGUUGUUGGAGCUGAGACCAUCCUACCUACUUCCUGUCUUGUAGCCAUGUUGACCUGGGACAUUGAGGAGAAGGUGAGGGCAGCCACAGAAGGACAGCCGGGCCCCAGUUCCUGCCCGUCUAACUGCCUCUUUGUUCCACCAGCCUUGAGGUCAGAGGUGUUACAAUGGGCCCACUCCUCCAAGCUCUCCUGCCACCCUGGGAUUCAACGGACACAGCAUGCCCUCCUCCGACGUUUCUGGUGGCCCACUAUGCAAGAGGACAUCCGGGAAUUCGUCAAGGCCUGUCCAACCUGCAGCCAACAUAAGACCUCCCGUCGGCCUCCUGCUGGGCUACUACAACCUCUUCCUGUUCCUCACCGCCCAUGGUCUCACAUAUCUUUGGACUUUGUAACCGGUCUUCCCACCUCUGAUGGUCACACUGUCAUCCUGACCAUCGUGGACCGCUUCAGCAAGAUGGUCCACUUCGUUCCUCUGCCCAAGCUUCCCACUGCUAAAGAGACUGCCCAGUUGGUUCUGCUCCAUGUUUUCCGUCUUCAUGGUCUCCCUGUUGAUGUGGUGUCAGACCGUGGUCCCCAGUUUUCUUCCGUGUUUUGGAGGGAGUUCUGCAGUCUACUGGGUGCUACCGCCAGUCUGUCCUCUGGAUUCCAUCCUCAGACCAAUGGACAGACUGAGCGUAUGAAUCAAGAACUGGAAACAGCCCUGCGAAGCGUGGCUUCCCAUAACCCCUCUUCUUGGGCGUCACAACUUUUGUGGGUGGAAUAUGCCCACAACUCCCUCAUCUGCUCUUCUAUUGGCCUUUCUCCAUUCCAGUGUGCUUACGGCUAUCAACCACCACUUUUUCCAGCCCAGGAGAAGGAGGUCUCCUGUCCGUCAGUCCAAGCCUUCAUCCGUCGCUGCCGCAGAACAUGGCUCCAGGCUCGCUCCACCCUCCUCCGUUCCGUGAGUCGGUACGCUGCCAAUGCCAACCGCCGCCGUACUGCUGCACCUACCUACCAAGCGGGUCAGCAGGUGUGGCUCUCUACCCAAGACUUACCUCUCCGGGUGGAAUCCAAAAAGAUGGCUCCAAGGUUCAUUGGGCCUUUCACCAUUCAGAGGGUCAUCAACCCUGUGACAGUCCGGUUGAAACUCCCACGGUCCAUGAGAGUACACCCUACCUUCCAUGUCUCCAAGGUUAAGCCAGUCCACAACAGCCCCUUGGUCCCUGCGGCACCACUACCUCCCCCUCCACGAAUGGUCGACGGCGGUCCGGUGUAUGUAGUGUGCCGCUUAAUUCGUUCUCGGCAGCGGGGUAGGGGUCUCCAGUACCUUGUGGACUGGGAGGGUUACGGUCCUGAGGAGAGAUCUUGGGUUCCUGCUCGCCACAUUUUGGACCCCAACCUCGUGGCCAACU